AACAACACGGCUGCGUGGAUUUACCAUUUUCUGUACAUUUAAAGUGUGUUCUGUAUUUUGGAAUCACUGCCCCUCAGACCAGGCUUUCAAACACCAAAUUCAAAACAUGGUUCAUGAGGAACGAAAAUCUUUUCCUCAUAAGUCCUGUGUCUUUGUGUUCCACUGUAUGAGAAUGUGCAGAUAUUUUUUUAUACGACUCUGUGUUAACUACUCUGCUACUACUUCCACUACUCUUUCGUAUAUAACCCAAAAGACAAUCAGGUUAAAUAAAAUAUAUAUAAAUGAAGAAUUAUUAGCAGUUGUUGUAGAUGGACAUGAAAAAAGAACAAAUCACCAGGAAGAGUGAUUUUGGAUAUUUGCUCUGUUUACUGUAAACGGUGAUUCAACACUAACAGACCUUUGCUGUAACUAAUAUUAAAAGACAGAAAUGCUUUUUUCUUCCACGUGUUGUAUAUUACAGCAACAAAUAAAAUCCGUAAUAUUCUUCUCUGUGACACUACAGAUUUUUGGGGAUUUCAGGGUUUUCUAUUUUAUGUGUGUGUGUGUGUGUGUGUGUGUGUGGGCAGACUCUGGCCACCGACCAAAGGUUUCGUCUUGCCUAACUCUGGCUUGUCAUCGUUUGCCCUUUGUGUCAGCUUGCUUGUAGAUCCACAAGGAGAUCUGACUCAAGGCUGCGCGAUCCCCGUAACCCGGAGUGGAACAUGGACAAAGAAUUGGGUGUGACUCUGCUGCUGGUGCUGCUUCUCUGUCACAAAGGCAACACAGAGUUGCAAAGCUCUUGUCCUUACAGAUGCCAGUGUUUCACUCCGGUUCAAGUACUGUGCGCAGAUGAACGGAUGACCUAUUUGCCCAGUAACAUGUCCAAGCAGGUCACGGACUUUAUAGUAAUGACAUCAGCCUUGGCGCACCUGUACCCUCGCACUUUAGAGGAGAGCCCCCAACUCAGCAAGCUUGUCUUCUUAAACAACGUGCUGCGGAGUGUUCACUCUCAGGCUUUCCAAAAUCUGACUGAGCUGAGGGAGCUGGAGAUCAGUGGAAACCCCUGGCUGGAGCAUUUACUCCCGGGAACUUUUUCAAAUCAGACACACUUGACAAAACUGCUGCUCAACUUCAACAGACUCAAGGUGGUGCUGCCCGGCAUGUUCGACUCCCUGAAACAACUAGAAACUCUGCAGAUGAAGGGGAACUUCCUAUCCGACCUGCCUUCAUCUCUUUUUCUGAACCUCCAAAACCUGAAAGUCCUGGACUUGUCACAGAAUAAGCUUGAAGAAGUGACAAGAGAGACAUUUUCUGGUCUGGCGAGGCUCGAGGUCCUGAAAAUGAACAACAACCUCAUUAGCAAUCUUACGUCUGACACAUUCCACAAUAUCUGUCAGCUCACAGAGCUUCACCUGGAAGGAAGUAGGAUAUCAGAACUCACUGAUGGCAUUUUCUCUGUGCUAACAAAGCUUAAUGUGCUGAACCUCCGUGGAAACCUUCUUACGACCUUCAGCGAUGAAGUGUUUGGAUUCAAGGCCUCAAAUCUGAAGGAGUUGAACCUCAAAGGCAACAGACUGACCGAGCUGUCCUCUCUCAGCCGCCUGACGUCUCUUACCCACGUUAUCUUGUCGUCCAACCAGCUCUCCAACCUUCCCGAAGACAUUUUUAGAAAUAUUUCCCUGCUGGAGAAUCUGGAUCUCUCUGAAAACCAGCUCACGUUUCUGCCUGAAAGAAUCUUCCAUGAUCUGCUUGGUUUAACAUCAAUCGACCUCCACAAGAACAAUCUGAGCAGGGUGCACCCAAAACUGUUUGAGGACCAGUUGCUCGUUCAACAACUCUACUUGUCUGACAACCAGCUGGAAUCUCUCCCGCUGGGCCUCUUGGACGUUUUUCUCACCCAGAACAUGGUGAGGCUUCACGGAAACCCCUGGAAGUGUGACUGCCACAUAUCGUACCUACACGACUGGGUGCUGAGAAACAGCCAAAACAUAGACAUGCUGGACCUCAUGCUCUGCGAGAGCCCCGGCUUUUUAAAAAGACGAACAGUCGUGUCCGUCGACAGAGACCAGCUUGUGUGUCAGGUGUCUGCAGAUGAGAUGCCUGAUCUCAGCAGCUGUAGCCUACAAGCAUCCAAUGACACCAUGAUUGUCAAAUGUAAAGUGGAUAAAUGUUCCCCCCUCUCGGUGAAGGUGCAGUUUCAGGAGGAGGACGGCAAUAUUAAGGAGCACAUUGUGAAAAAUGAGCCUCAACAUUCUCAAUGCAGCAAUCACACAAGGAUCGAGAGCCCCAUUCCGUGAAUGUCCCUGUUAUUGAGAUUCUGUGUCCAAAUACUGAAUGACCUCGUACAUUUGCUGUUUCUUUAUACUAAAAGUCACAAUAUACAGUAUGUUCUGACCGUCAACAAUGUCAACAAACCUCUGACUAAGCAGCUGAUAACCAGCAAACUGCUGGAUGAUAAGAAGGGUGCAUGAACCCUCUUCUGGUAAAGUUCAAAGUUCAACCCAAUACUUUUGAACAUCUGAAAAGUACUAUGAGAAACGUGUAUUGUGUUUUGACUGUGGUGCAUUUGAUCUCCGGGCCUCCAGUUCUCCGCUUCAUAUUAUUCAGUCUGCAUACAUUCGAGCUUCUUCGCUAAACCUACAGCUGGAGACAAAAGUCAAAAAGAAAAAAAAGAACAACAAGUGCAGAAUAGGGGAUGAUUGUUUUCAUAUGUCCAUAAUGUCCAUUCACAGUAUUUUGUGGUUCUACAAAAUAUUGGAAAAUAAACAGGAACAACUGUUCAUGUAAUAAAAUAUAUCAUUUUCCUCAUCAA